UGUUGAUUCGUGAAGCAAGACUGGUUUCUGUAGAAUACAGGGAGACGCCGCUUCCUCCGCACGAAAGGUCGAAAGCACUAACAAGUCAGCCGUACCGUCAAGAUGGAAAAAGCCAUAGUGAAUCGGUGGAACGACUUCGACCCCCUCGAGGAGGUCAUAUUGGGAAUCGCGGAUGACGCCUGCUUCCCGCCGAUGGAGCCCGCUUGCCAGUCCGAAUUUAACGACCAAUACACGAAAUACGGUACAAGCACAUGCUGCCUUUGUUUGUCAUGUGGAAAGAACCCGAUGAAUUUGUAUCCGGAAGAACUGGACCGCAAUCGAUUUUUUUUUCGAGUGCCUCUGCAAGCACAAAAAAUGUGAUAAAUUGCCUUGCAGCUCACCACGCAGGAGCAGUGACUAACAUAGUGAAGAUGAAAAUCACAAAGAAUGAAGGUUCUUUCAUGAAAUGUUACCAGGUGCCAAGAUGAGCCACCCCUUCUCGGAGUAUUUGCCGUGGCCAACAGGACCCAAGCUCAAGCGCUUUAUUGACGGCGCAAAUAAGGAGCUUGAGGGUACAACUUCCGAUUCUGGUUUUUCGAAACAAGUGCGACAAGGGUAUUCGCUACCGGUCAGAAAUGCAACAUCUUCUUUCAUUUUCCGUAUUCCAUUUUGUCGCCUCACGCUUGCGAAGAUGAAAAGUAAACUCGUGAGUUCGUUCAUCUACCCAAAAUAAAAGGCAUGAAGGACGUCCUGGAAGGCGAGGGUGUGAUUGUGAAGAGGCCAGACCGCAAGUUGUGCAACUUCAAUGUCCAGACAAAAACGCCAGACUUCGAGUCACCAAACCAGUACUGCGUCGUGUGCCCAAGAGACGUCGUGAUGACCGUCGGUAUAAUUGUCGGCGUUGCAGGACAACUGUUGCUGUUCUUUCUGAUGGGUUGUUCGUGCAUGACACUGUACUGCUGAGGUUUGCAUGAUGGAAAGAUAAUUUUUUAUCUACACGUAUAUAGUAAUUGCUGCUGGUGCAGCACUUCAUCUUUCAAGCUCACUAAAUACAUUUUUUUCCACAGGUAACGAGAUCGUGGAGGCCACGAUGUGCAAGAGAAGUCGAUUUUUUGAGUACCGACCCUUCCGAACGUUGAUCCGGGAAUAUUUCGACGCCGACCCCCGGAUGAUCUGGACCGCGGCACCAAAACCCAUGAUGGGACCGGACUCCUACAACACAGACUUCUGGAACUGGACAGUCGAGGAAAGGAUUGAGAGGAUGCACAAAUACGAAUACUGCCUGUCGGAGAAGGAAGUAUGAGAAUGAGUUUUUUGUUUGCAGCUUGCCAUGUAGUGCAAAUCGCCGCACUACAAAUCAUCAUAUUGCGUCGCAGCUUUCGCAAAACAAAAGCAAAACCGCCUCAUCUCACUUCUAUCGUGUCAAUGUCCCAACAUCGAAACUUCUCAGAUAAUGUUCGACGCUGCGGACUGCCUCCUAAUUGGAAACAUGAUGUUCGUGCAACAGUCUAUGGUCACCAAUCUCGCCGGAAUCCGAUGGUUGAAGAGGCAUUUCGCGCCAAAGGGAAUUCAGGUAUAGAACUUUUACAGGGGUGGGCCCUCUGAUGAUUUUGUGCUUUUUUCGUCCUCUUGGAGUGCACAGAGCUCGUGUAAAAGCGCUCCUUACUGAUGUUACUUGACAUGAGCAAAUUACGAGCAAGAUUUGGAAUACUCAAUACUAAGGUCCACACCCUGCACUUUCCCUAUGACCUCUACCCAUCACACACCGACUGCACCUUCGUCGCCGUGAACGGGCACACUGUGUUGACAAAUCCGGACAGGCUAUCCAAGGAAAAACUGUGUUAGAGUAGGUGCUUGGAGUGACAGCAUGACAACUUUGUUUUGCAUGACAGAGAAAGCCUGUCGCGCACACCUGGAGGGCGCAAGCCUCGUACCAUACCAUACCAUGCACAGCUGGCACCUGAAAACGCAUAUGAAAGACGAUUUCAUGGCUGAAUAGCAUGACAAAUGUAAGUGUAUUGCAUUAUCUGCAUCACGGACUUACAGUUGCGCACUUUUUUUCUCGCAUACAAGCCGGUGGUGGAAGAGGAAGUGAAAAUCUUCAAGCAGAAUGACUGGAGGCUGGUACUAGACGAGAUGGUUUGAAAUUUCUAAUGCGUCACACGAAUGCAAAAGAAAUUUGUAUUGCGUCACACGAAAUGUACGAUAUUUAUGUUUAUCAGGUCGAUGUGCCCUACUACACGACCGACAAGGAGCACCCGCCCAUGUGCCAGUCUUCCAGGUGGCUCUCUAUUUAUCCUGCGUAAAAACGUCCCCAAGCCCAACCCAGAGUCAAAAUGGGAAUUUUGGUUGUCGCGCAGGAUUUGCUUCUAGACAGAGCAACAGAUUUUGGUCCUCGCGCAUGACAGGUGUGGAAUCGUCGUCUACUUAGUCGUAUCUGACUAGUGCUGUAGCCUCACGAGAAAUUGAUGAAAUGGGUCAGCUUAUCCUGAUGUAUGAGAUGGAGAGGAUGACAAAGUCCCAGACAGCAUUAGAAAAUGCGUCUCAUGGGGCUGCGGAUGACACACAUGCAAAGUAUGCAGAUCUGCAUGAGAGCUCUGCGGUAGGGACGUUUACGUUUUUCCACACGAUACUGCGAACCUGUUCUCCAUCACGCCAAACAAAAUCGUCUGCGAGGAGGGUUUAUGGAUUGCAAAACGAUCGCGCUAGAAGUGGGAAUCGCAUCACAAUAUCUUUUGCCAGAUUCAACAAGAGAACAAACGGCGUUUGUCAUGCAGAAUCAGGUACAUACAAAAUCAAAACAAAUGUUAUGCAGGGUUGCAAUUAGUACGAGCGCGAUGGUUUUGCACAGGAUACGGCGAGAAGCCGCUGAUCAACUAUUUGGAGGGUGAGCUCGGUUUUGACGUCAUUGGCGUGCCGUACAGACAGGUAGAAAAGUCAUUUUUCAUGCAUCACAAAAAUACGUAUCGUACUUCACAAGUGGGAUGAAAGUUGGGUUUGUAUUCAUGCUGAUUGAGGUGGAGGAUGAAAAAAUCUGUCGUUCUUGCAAGACAGCUGCGCAUCAAAACUAGGUAAUUAUCCGCAAAAAAAAAAAAGGUCUUCGAGUUCGGUGGUUCCCUGCAUUGCUCCACCUGGGAUGUCCGCAGAACGGGCGGCUGUAAGGAUUUUUUCCCGAACCGCGAGGAUAUUGAGGACGUGGGCUUGCACAACCUCACGGACCUGCCGUAAGGAAUAAAGCGAAAAUCUUCACGAGGUGGAGAAAAAGAAAUAUAAAAUCGAAAAAAAUAAGUAUAUGAUAGAUUCAAAAUGGGAGACGAUGUGCUGGAGGUGUAGAAAGUAAAAAAGAUGACCUCGGCAUGAUCUUCAAGGAAGUUACUCAACUCGUUUCAGGCAUAGUUUAUUACAAUUGCAUGUUGAAGAAGAACAAGAAAUUUACAUCUUUAUCGACGUAGUAGUUCCCUCGAAAUUUAAAGGACUGCUGCAUCAGAAGAUAAUUGGAUACAACGUCGGCGUACAUAGGUUUCCUCGGUGUCACCACUCAACAAAUAAAUGCACGACUCGCUCGCUUGUGCCGGCGCUUAUUGUGUCUUAAAAAAGCAGCUGUUGUUGAAAAAUAUACGAUAUUAUGGAAAUAAGAGCACCGCGCACCGGCGACCGAUAGAGAAAAAAGGUUUCAAUACGAUUACUGCAUGUAGUUUGAUCAAUUUUUUAAUCAAACAAACCAGAACUACUAGAACUCGGUCGGUAUGGAAGCCGACGCCAUGCUCAACACAACUAUACCCAAUUGCGAAAAAAACCUCGUCGCACUGAUAAGUAUCUAGUUCGCCUAGAAGAAGCAGCAAGCAAAACUCCUAUUAGUGGAGUUGACAACCACGGAAACUACUUUUUUCUUGCACAGCAAGCUUGCAGAAUUCUACUGUCGAUGAAGAUACUGAACGCCGAAAAAAAUAGCCGCGAGGACUCAAGCCCGAAGCCAGAAACGAUGAGCAUACGAGAGCGCGAUAUCAAUACCAGUAUUGUCAGUCGUAUUUUCUUGCCCUGCUACAUCUGCCCUUUUGCAACCGAAAAUUGGUAGUACAGAAGAUCGUCCUAGUAAAAAGCACUAUAGACAACGUAAAGCAUCGCACGUAUACACUCGCCGAGCUUGCUAGAGGAUCAUCUUGACUCUUGUUGCACCUUGCCAGCCUGUACAUUGCAAACGAAAGCAGCUACCUCGUCGCACUCGUAGUAUCUGUAUCGAGCGCCAGCGCUAGUUCUCUUUCUGCUAUUUGGCGCAAUACAGGUUUCUCCUGUAUACGGUCACGUAGAUGAAACAGAACAAACUAGGAUGACCAUGACGCGGAUGUUACCGAAUUAUAUUUCGACUCGUCUACAACUGUCGUCCUUCCUGAACAACUAAUUGAUGACUUGCUAUACUACUUCUUGUUAGUACAACACUACCAAGCCUCUCCUCCGUAGUUUAUCACCGCAUAGUCACGACUUCAUUUACGACUUGCUCUAUCGGAAAAUCAAAUAUUCUUACCAACUACUUCUGCUAAACUACUGACACUCAUUGUUACUUUGCUCAGGCCAGAGCUCUGUUAUCGCCAGAGAAAGAACUUCGGCACCACGAUUGAUACUAUCCUUUCACUAAUCUACUGCUUCUUAAAUAUUGUGCUGCACGGGUAGCAGCGAUUAUUACGUCACUAUCUUCCACUUCAACACCGACGAUAAAAUUGUCCCUGGAUUUUGCGCUGUCGUAUGUUGCAGCUAAAAAUCUUCUAUCAUUUUCAUCGCAUCAUGACUGAACAGAAAGAGAGCCACGACAUUGUUGUAAAUCGCCAAAGAGGGCGGCCCUCGUAUGGGAUCCAGUUCUUGGCCCAACAGAGCAGGCGUCGAGCCUGCCGCUGUUGACAUCGCCUCCGUUUUGUUCCGCGAGAAGAACUACAUCAACCUUCUUC